AUGGUCAAAGCCAGAACAUACAAAGUCUCUUCCUCAGUGAAGGUGGAGCAGCUUGAGGCAGAACUGUCUUCCCAGCUCCAGGCUCUGAAGAGUGAGAUUGAGAAAAAAGAAACUGUGCACGGAAUAUCCACAAAGUCUCACAGCUCUGUUCAUAUUCCAAAGGAUGUGUCUUAUUUUCUCAUGGAAAGACAGCAAGUUCUCCACAGAGGACUCCAGGUUGCAGGUGUGAAACCUGUAGUGUCCCAAGCAGAGGUCAUCCAGAGAGAACUGAAGAGCUGCCUUGGUCAAGAGUACACACCUGAGAGCCUACCACUAUUACUGCACCAGGAGCACAUGAUUCAUUUGACAACUGAAUUUGAAGAUGCUCUGCAGAGGGCUCGUAGGCUUGCUGUGUCCAGAGAAAAGGCUUUGUUGGGCACUGGCUACCCUGUCAAUGUGGUUACACAGGAAGAUGUGGUCAUCUAUUUGCAGUGGCUUAUUUGCCACCUACAUUCAGUUAAGACUAUCCACAACUUCCUGCAUGUGCUUCAUUAUCUUCCUUUGUGUGAGAGGAAAGAGGCGGACAGGAACAGUACACCAGACUUCAGCUCUCCUGGGGAGUUUUCGGGGAUGUUUGGAUCAUCAUCUAAAGUGCCCCGACAUUCUGUAAAAUUAGACGAAUUCCGAGAUCAGCUGCAACACCUACUUUCACAUUACAACAUCCAGUACAACGUGCAGUCCAUCAAGACUUCUGCUGAUCAGAUGGAACUCUUCAGCAUGGUUACCCAUGAGUUCAGGACCAUCUUCAAAUGUCAAGAUUUGAUGAAUACCUUUCUGCAGUAUAAUAGCACUGAGGCUAUAGACAGGAAGUGGGGAAGGAGAAGCCCAAACAUGGCUCUCAGAAAGGAAUCCAACUGGAUUCCCCAUAUCCAGGUGAAACCAAAGAGAGACCCCUGGCAACAGAAACAAAUGUCCAAACUGAAAGAGCUGAGAUGUGUGGAUGAGUUUCUUCAGGUGCACUGCAGGUCCUGUGAGGAGUCAGAUGUCCACAGAGCAACUGAAAUCCUGAAGCAGCAUGCAGUAUUUGCCUGUGAGCCGGAGUCCAUGGAGCUUUUAACGGCGACCUCAAAGCUGACAGCAGCUUCUGCUGCCUCUAACAUAUGGAGAAGCAUCUAUAACAUCGCACAGCAUUCUCAGGCAUGAUACUGGUUGAAAUUCUAGAUCAAACUGUUUCGUGUGGUUGUUGCAGUUGCGAUUAAUUUCUCUUUUUCCAUUCAAUGCAAAUGAUUUGAACAUUUCAGGAAACCAGUGCCAAAGUGUCUGAUUUAUCUGAGCAAGAAAGACGGAAAAAGGGU